CACGAUAAUCGGGCAGACUUAUUGACCUCAAUAUUUAAUGCAGAGGAUUGGAGAUUUUUGCAUACAAUAGGUUUUUCAAGAUGAGAAUAUUGAUUGCCUUUGCUCUGCUGUUUACAGUCGUUGAAUGUACUCAACUAUGUUUCAAGUGUAAUGGAGUGCCGACUCAGUCAGACUGUGGAGAAACCGUGAGAUGUGGGGCUCAUGAAAAAUGCUAUACUAAAAGAUACACAGGUCCCUCAGGAAACCUCAUGUUUGAAUCAGGCUGCAUGGAUCAGUCCGUUUGCAGUAUAAUUGAUUUGAAUCUUGGAGCGGGAAGGAAGAAGAGAGAUCUCGUUAACUGUCUGAAGUGUUGUGACUCGGAGGCUUUGGGCUGUACUGACAAGAAUGCAACCACAUGUGGUUGUAAUGCUAAGCUUUGUAACACAGAAAACGAUCGAGGUUUGAAAUGCUUCCAUUGUGAUGACGUCAUGCACCCUGACGAUUGUUCCGAGAUAAAAGAAUGUUUUUUUGAUUCGAUUUGUUACACAAGGAAAGUGGAACUAGACAGUAAUGGAGAGAAGAGAUUCAGCAUGGGCUGCGAGCAGAAACGGGUUUGUGAUGUUUUCGAACAAAAUGCCUUAUCCACUGCUGAUGGGGCCUAUUGUACUCGCUGUUGUAACAACAGCUUCUGCAACAUGGCGCUCUGUGGAAUCCCAACAUUAGUGAUCCCGUCAUUCACUCGAAAGCCGAACGACAGGAAGGUCUUGGACGGUGAUAUCAUCACGUUACAUUGCGAGGUCGACCCUAAAUCUAAUGCUACCAUAGCUUGGACGUUUCAAUCGUCUACAGCAUCCUCUACUGUCAUGCCAAGCACUGCCCAGAUCAGAAACGGAGGGACCAAGGUACAAAUCCGUGUGACACAUGAAGUACUCGGUACCUGGACAUGUACUGCUACAAACAAGAUAGGGUCAGCGGUUGCUCAGGCUGUAGUAUCUUCACCACAAACAUCUGGGAGUGGAUGAUUGGGAAACACACGCAAUUCUGAUGAUCUGAUGCUUUGAUUACAAAAUACCAUAAUAAAGCAAUAUUACGACAUUAUUCCAAA